AGGCGUGUGGGUAGAAGGAGAGGUUUGUAAAUGGCCAAACUACAAACUCGAUGCCAUGCAGAAGGCCAUCAAGAACUGUGAGAUGCCUAAGGAGACCUGGACAAGUUAUGACAUCAGGGUUCUUUACAAAGCAAAUAGCUUUAGUGAGGCAAGGUUGAAACUUCGCCGGGCAGAAGAUGACACAGACCUCCAGUCAGAAGUAGAGGAGGGGAGGCCAGAAAAAAGAAAAACCAGACCAAACCAGCGCUUCCUCUCGAGUCAAGAGGAGUCUGAUGAGGAGCCUGUGAAGCGCAAACCAGUCCUCCCUAAGGUGCCCUCCAUUCCACCUCUGCCGUCACUGUUGCAUGAUGCAAUUUCCUCUUCAGAUGAAAUGUCUCCGCCAGCUAGUCAACUUGCCUCUCUGCAGCCGUUUCAUGCCCUUGGACCUCCUGAGCCAUCCCACCAUCUUGCCCCUCAAUCUUCUUGCCACUAUGGAACUCCUGAGCCAUCCCACCAUCUUGCCCCUCAAUCGUCUCGCCACCAUGGAACUCCUGAGCCAUCCCACCAUCUUGCCCCUCAAUCGUCUCGCCACUAUGGAACUCCUGAGCCAUCCCACCAUCUUGCCCCUCAAUCGUCUCGCCACCAUGGAACUCCUGAGCCAUCCCACCAUCUUGCCCCUCAAUCAUCUCGCCACCAUGGAACUCCUGAGCCAUCCCACCAUCUUGCCCCUCAAUCGUCUCGCCACCAUGGAACUCCUGAGCCAUCCCACCAUCUUCCCCCUUAAUCGUCUCGCCACCAUGGAACUCCUGAGCCAUCCUACCAUCUUGCCCCUCAAUCGUCUCGCCACCACGGAACUCCUGAGCCAUUCCAUCUUGCCCCUCAUGCCGCUUCUGAGAUGGACCUGCACUCUGCAUUACUACGAGAGAUUAUUGCCAAGCAGGAGGUGAUGUGUGAUAUGCAAAGAAAUCUGCUGCGGAUUGUUCAGGAUCUCUCUUCUACACCUACACCACAUGGACACCACAUGGAUGGAAGUUUCCUGCCGUUGAGGGAUGCUGAGGCUCUUUUGGCGCUGGACCACGACAUUAAGACAAACCCAGAGAAGAGAAAGGACUUGGUGCUGACACUGGGCCUUGCUGGGGGCGUGACCCUCAAGGACACUGUGUGGAGGGUCAUGAAGAUGCUUCUUCAGAAUGGCUUGGCCUGCAAAAUGAAUUGGACAGGCCUUCAUGGCAAAACAUCUUUCCGGUGCCUAGAAGUCAAGAACGUUGUUACAGAAGCCAUUCGGAGAAAUCCUGGAUGCAGAGAAUCCACGAACCAGGAGGUGGAGCAAUGGUUGAGGCGUUGGUUGUAUUUGGCUGGCGAUCAAGAGGGGGGUAGGAAGAGGAGAAGCACAGUCCUCCACCACCAGCCACCCACCAACACAUAAAGUUGGGCACACAUCCACACACAAAGACAGCCACCCACCAAUACAAAGUCAAGCACGCGCACACAUGCGUUCCACUUUGGCCCGUUUCUGGCCACACUUUUACAUACACCACCGUUCAGAAGUUUGGUCUUACCUGGUUUACACAACUAAAUGUGAUUUCUAAAACCAAGCUUUCAAAUGUUUUCUUUUUUACAUUUUGUAUAAAAAAUGAAUAAUUGUAAUUGUUUA